GGAACACAAGCAGGGGGAGUGGGAGAGGGAGAAGCAGGCUUCCCGCCGAGCAGGGAGCCCGAUGUGGGACUCGAUCCCGGGACUCCGGGAUCAUGACCUGAGCCGAAGGCAGUCGCUUAACCAGCUGAGCCACCCAGACCCUCACGCACACAAGGGAUCCAGGAUCAAAAAGGCCAACUUCUUCCACCUCUUUUCUGGAUCAGCUUUCUCUGCCUGCAUCCCUGCAUGGCAUAGACACAGAUAUGAGCGAUCAGCAAGUGAUUUAUUCCACCCUGAGAUUUCUUCAGUCUUCUUCAGAGUCACCAAAUAGAUUAAGGCCAGGUGGGACUCAAAGGCCUGGGAAAAAUGAUGGCAAAGGGUUUUCAGUGACCUGGCAUCUCAUUGCAGUGAUUCUUGGGAUCUUGUGUUUACUACUAUCGGUGGCAGUCACCCUAUUGGGGACAAAGAUUUUUCAGUAUAUUCAAGAAAACCAUCAGCUGGGGGAAAUGAUAGGAAACCUGACUCGAGAGCACCACAUUUUGCAAAAUGACAGCUACUUAAAGGAGCGACUUUUGACAAAUAUGACUUUAGAAUAUAACAUUCUCAAAAAUGAAUUGCUUCAGCAGAAAAAGGAACAGGAUUUACUGUUUGCAGGUAGGAGAUGUCAGGAAGAAAAUGAAGGCAAACUCUGUGAAAACCGCUGGUCCUGUUAUGGAAUGAAGUGUUAUUAUUUUAUUCCUGAAAGUAAAAACUGGAACGGAUGUAAACAGACUUGCCAAAGUUAUAAGUCAUCUCUUUUGAAGAUAAAUGAUGAAGAUGAACUGGCCUUUAUUCAAUCCCAAAUUUAUAGGAAUAACUACUGGAUUGGAUUAUCAUAUGAUGAUAGAGAACAAAAAUGGAAAUGGAUUGACACUGGUCCACCUUUUGGGAUUAACUAUACAUUCAUGAGUUCUUCUGGAAGAGGACAAUGUGCAUUUUUAACCCCAACAAGAAUAACAACUAUUGAGUGCUCUAAGACCUACAAUUGUAUCUGUGAGGAGAGAAUUGAUGCUGGUUUCUCUGCCUGCUUCAAUAUAUACAAGAAGAAAAGAUUUUAUUUAUUUGACAGAGAGAGAGCGCAAGAGAGCACAAGCAGGGGGAGCGGCAGAAGCAGGCUCCCUGCUGAGCAGAGAGACCGACACAGGGCUUGAUCCCAGGACCCCAGGACCCCAGGACCCCGGGACCCCGGGAUCCUACCUGAGCUGAGGGCAGAUGCUUAACCAACUGAGCCACCCAGGCACCCCUGUUCAAUCUUUUCUUAAGUUGUAAGUGUUCUCAAAUAAAUAAAUAAAAUCUUUUAAAAAAUAUAUAGAAAGGUUUACUUUUUCCUUUCCUUCAUUUUUUUCUCUUGCUUUAUUGUACUGCUUAGGACCUCUGGUACAGUGUUGAAGAGAGUGGUGAUAGGAGUCAUGCUUGUCUUGUUCCCCAUGUUACAAAAAGAAAGGUAUUUAGUUUUUCACUCUUAUAUGUCAGGUCUGCUGCAGGUUUUUGGAGAUCCUCUUUAUUGUGUUGAGGAAAUUCCCUUCUAUUCCUGUUGAUUGAGACUUUUACCAUGAAUGGAAAUUGAAUUUUGUUAUAUAAAUUUUUGUAUCUCUUGAGAUGUUUAUAUAGAUAUUCUCUUAUAUUCAUAAUAUGAUAGAUGGCAUUAUGGUUUUUCAAUGUUAAACAAAACUUGCACUUCUUGGGUAAUUCCCAUGUGGUCAUAUUGUAUUUAUUAUCAUUUUUUAUAUAUUGGUAGAUUUGCUUGGGUAAUAUUUUCUUAAAAAUUGUGUGCUAAUAUUCAUGAUGGAUAUUGGUGUGUUAUUUUAUUUAUUUAUUUAUUUAUUUAUUUAUUUAUUUAUUUAUUUAUUUAUGUUUUAAAAAGAUUUAUUUAUUUAAGAGAGAGAGCAUGUGUGAGCCAGGGGAGAGGUAAAGGGAGAGGAUAAUGGACAGAAGCGGACUCCCUGCUGAGUCAGCAGCCCAAGGCAGGGCUCCAUCUCAUGACCCUGAGAUCAUGUCCUGAGGUGAAAUCAUGAGUUGGAUGCUUAACCAACUGAGCCACCCAGGUGCCCCUAAUUUGUUUAAAUAUCUUUUUCUGUUUAUGGUAUUGGAGAAAUACUGGCCUUAUGUAUUCAUUUGGGAUGUUUCUGAAUAUCCAUCUAUUUUGUGGGGUAGCAUUUGAAUUUUCAUUCCUUAAGUGUUUGCUCAGAUGUACUAGAGAAAUAAUCUGUGUCUGAAAUUUUCUUUGAGAGAUUACAUUUCAUUAGGAAUACCAUUUCUUUAAUAGGGGCUCUUUAGACAUUCUGUUUCUUGUCAAUUUUGAUAAUCUUGAUCUUUCGAGGAAUUUAUUGAUUUUACCUAAAUCGUCAAAUGUAUAGUUUUAGUGUUUUUCACAGUUGUAUUAAUUUCCUAGGGCUGCUGUAACAAAGUACCACAAAUUCACCAGCUUAAAGCCAUCACGAUUUAUUCUCUCACUGUUCCGGAAGACAGAGGUCCAAACCAAGGUGUCAGUAUGCUUCCUCUGAGACUUGGGUGGAAUCUUUGCUUCUUCCUGGCUUUUCAUGGUGGCCAUUGAUUCAUGGCAUUACUUGGCUUGCAGUUGCAUGGCUCACUUUCUGCCUCUGUUAUCACAUGGCAUGCUCCGUGUGUGUCCCUGUCUUUACGUACAGUUUCCUCUUCAUAUAAGGAUGUCAGCCAUAUUGGAUUAGAGCCCACUCUAAUGACCUCUUCUCAACUUGACUGCAUCUACAGAGACCUUAUUUCCAAACAGGGUCAUAUUCAUAGGUGCAGGGGUUAGAACUUAAGCAUAUCUUUUCAGAGGAUACAGUUCAACCCAUAACAAUAAUAUUCCCUUAUUAUCUGUUUACUGUGUGUAGGAUCAAUGAUCCUGUCAGUUUUUUUCUGAUAUUGUUUAUGUUUUUGAUAUUGUUGUAUUUGUGUUCUUCUGUUUUGAUGAGUCUAGCUAGAAAUUAUCAACUUUAUUGAUCUUGCCAAUGAACCAGAUUUUUGUCUCAUUGAUUUGUUUAUGUUUGUCCAUUUUUUAUCUUAUUUCAUCUUUUAUCUUUAUUAUUUUCUCCCUUCUACUUGUUUUGAGUAUGACUGCUUUUAUUUUCCUGCCUUCUUCAGUGAAAGUGUUUUUAUUUAUUUACUUAUUUGAGAGAGAGAAAGAGAGAGAGCAUGAGCAGGGGGAGGGGCAGAGGGAGAGGGAGAAGCAGACUCCCCGCUGAGAGCAGAGCUUGACACAGGGCUCCAUCCCAGGACCCUGUAAUUAUGACCCGAGCCAAAGUCAGACCAUUUACUGAGUGAGCCACCCAGGUGCCCCUUAAGUGAAAGCUUUUAAUCCUGUUGUCACACAUAGAUCUUUACUCAUAUGAAACCUAAAAACUUGUAAAGUUUUAAUAAAAGGUUUGAGCAUCUCGUGUCAUUGGGCAGUGUGCUAGACCUGGUUUAUGUGCUUAGUUUAAAAUUUUAUCUAAAUUUAGGAGACCUAAAUUUUGUCUGGUCCCAGGAAUUCAGCUAGAUAGGGAUCAAACCAUUCUGAACACCUACGAACUCAACAGGAGAUCAAAGAAAAGAAUAGCAACAACUCUCUGAACAGAAAAGCGACCAUUUUCUGGAAGGUAGGAUGUGCGGAGAAGUGAAUCCGAGGUGAUAUUCGGGAAGAUAGAUGGCGGGGGGGGGACCUCCGUCAGCCGCUACUGGCAAGUGAUAGAGCAGUGGAGCACAAAAUCGGAACUUUUAGAAGUCAGCUCCGCUGAGGGACAUCACUACAGUGGCUAAGCAGGGGGUGGAACCCUCGCUGGGACAGUGUGGUCUCAGGACCCUCGGGGUCACAGAAAGACUGGGGGUGCCUGAGUGCGGCAGAGCUCCCAGGUAUCGGAGCGGGGAAGCUGGCUGCAGAGAUGGAGCCAAGGCACGGGCUCUCAGCUCGGGGUUGCCAUAAACCAUGAUCCACAGCAUAGUCAGGCCACUGCUCCUCCAGCAGGGACCCAACAAGCAGCAGAUCCGGGGAGACUCCCCUUCCUCCCCUGGGAGGAGCCCUGCGGGAGUGCACCGCAGG